AUGUCUCACAAGCCUUUGCAACAGCUCUCCGCCACUCGGUGUGAUUCUCUUUCAUCUCCUUCCAAUUCCCCAAAUGCUUUUCACACAAUCCUUGGUCCUCUUCCUUGGAUUAUGCUUCGAAAGUCCACCAGCAAUGAGCUCACUAAGAACUGCUUUAGCCAUUUACUUUUUUUCCAUACGGACUACAGUCUGUUCAUAUAUCUAUCUAUCUAUCUAUCUAUCUAUCUAUCUAUCUAUCUAUCUAUCCCAGUUUGUUUAUCUAUCUAUCUAUCUAUCUAUCUAUCUAUCUAUCUAUCUAUCUAUCUAUCAGUUUAUCUAUCCCAUUUUUGUUCAUAUCGAUUUGAGUCUGUUCAUAUCUAUCUAUCUAUCUAUCUAUCUAUCCCAGUUUGUUCAUAUCGAUUUGAGUCUGUUCAUAUCUAUCUAUCUAUCUAUCUAUCUAUCUAUCUAUCUAUCUAUCUAUCUAUCUAUCUAUAG